AUGAAACAAAAGAACGAAGCCUUGACAGAAACCAGCGAGGGUAGUGAAAAUGACAUAAAAGCCACGGCCACAACCAUCACUGAACCGACCCGAUCACAACCAACUACCAGACACAAAAGAACCGAACCGAACCGAACCGACCGAACCGACCGAAAGACUGAACCAUACCGACUCCAAACGAUGCAAAAAGAACGACCUGAAACCAGCAGAGCGCCCAACAGAGCGCAUGAUAGAGACCGCAUCAAUGUACCGAACCGAAGUGAAAUCCUGCCGGUAUCGCGAAACACCAAACCAAGUACCCUCAUAGAGAACGUAACAACAAUAAACGGGUGA